GUCAUGCGUUACCUGAAUCAAGCAAACGCAAAUUGCGGCUGAGGCGGUGGUGCAUCAAUGUAACAGUGAAACACACCUCGUGACAAAGAAAAAGAACCACUUUGCCCUUACUAAGCAUAUAGCACAUCCUGCCACUCAACUCUCCUGAGAGCAGAUUCGAAUUACAGAGCAAAAUGGCUCCAGCAUCCCGUCCAACUCCAACAAAUCCCAAACCCGCCGACUUUGGGCCCAAUGUGCACAUCUUCGAUCCGUCCAUGCCAAUGGCGGACAUCACCUCGACCAUAGCACCCAUAUUCCAGAGUCAAGACACGAACCAAUUUGGUACGGGACGCCAUGCAUAUCUCUUCAAGCCAGGAUCCUACAAUCUGAGUGUGGACGUGGGCUACUAUAUGACUGUUCACGGGCUGGGCCAUUCGCCAAACGAUGUGACCAUCACCGGUGCUGUGCAGUCGCUGGCGACCAGCACCCAAGGCCUGGCUCUCAACAGUUUCUGGCGUGGCGUCGAGAAUCUCUCCAUCGUGCCCACUACCAAUGGGGAUAUCAGCGGCUGGGCUGUCUCUCAGGCCACCUUCCUGCGCCGUGUGCACAUUGUCCACGGCCAGCUUUUUCUCUUUGACUGGCGCUAUCCAUCGAACUUUUCCAGCGGCGGCUUCAUAGCAGACUCACUUAUUGACAGGCAGAUCAUUUCCGGUUCCCAGCAGCAAUUCUUGACCCGCAACACGACUCUCACAAAUUGGAAUGGGGGUGUCUGGAACAUGGUCUUCGUUGGCGAUGACCAACCUCCGUCGGGAUCAUGGCCCGAUCAACCAUUCACCGUGGUAGAAAAGACCCCUGUCAUCCGCGAGAAACCCUAUCUUACCUUCGAAAACGACUACGCGGUACAAGUUCCCAACUUAAAGAGGGACAGCCAGGGUACAAGCUGGACCAAUCCCCUGGACUCUGCCACAACGCUACCAAUCAGUCAAUUCUACAUCGCCAAAGCAGCUACUGACACUGCCGAUUCUAUCAAUGAUGCCCUCCGCCAGGGCUACCACUUGAUUCUUACGCCAGGUGUCUAUCACCUCUCCAGAAGCUUGGAGGUCAAAUACUCCAGCACCGUGAUCUUGGGUCUCGGAAUGGCUACAUUGGUCCCCGACAACGGCACGCCGGCCAUGGUUAUCGACGACGUGGACGGCGUCUCAAUCAGUGGGAUCAUCUUUGAUGCAGGUCCGGCUCGAUCCCCCCAACUUCUGGUAAUUGGAGGUGCCAGCAGUACAAGUGACCACAGCGCAAAUCCCACGGCUCUGUUCGAUCUCUCUUGCCGCGUUGGAGGCGCAGCAGCAGGCUCUACACUUAACUGUAUCACCAUUAACUCCAACAACGUAAUCCUUGACAACAUCUGGAUCUGGCGUGCAGACCACGGCAACCCUGGAGCUGUUGGCUGGACCGUCAAUCCGGCCGACAACGGGCUGACGGUUCAGGGCCAGAACGUGGUCGCCUACGGCUUGUUCGUCGAGCACUUUCAAAAGGUCCAGACCGCAUGGAACGGCAAUGGUGGACAAGUUUAUAUGUACCAGUCGGAGAUCCCGUAUGAUCCCCCUGACCAGGCCUCGUGGCAACAGCCGACAGGAAGCAAGGGCUAUGCAUCGUACAAAGUAGGUGAUCAAGUCAGCUCCCACACUGCCAAGGGUCUUGGGAUCUACUGCAAUUUCGACAACCAGGUCGAGCUCGAUAACGCCAUCGAGACACCGACAGGAACGGGCAUUCAACUCAACCACUUGACUACGCAGUGGCUUAAUGGGAAGCCGUUCAGCGCAAUUAACCACAUCAUUAACGGCACUGGUGAUCGCGUGUACGAUAAUGGACGAAACUUGAAUGCAAAAUCGGCUACUUGAGUUCGGUCGUCAAUUUGGCCGCUACUCGUGCCUGUGUGGAAGCUUGACCGACCUGGUUCAGAGAUGCCAUCAUUCCAGUAUGUCAUAUGGUCAAAUCACGCUUCUACAAGGGAUUCAGCCCAAACCCUGAACACUCGGCGAACCACCAUUAUGUAUUUCGGAGAACCAUAUGAUAGCCCGCGGGAUGGAGGUCAGAAACAUGGGGGGUGAAGACAAAGCGUUCUACUUACAACGGUAUAUUCUUUCUCUCCACCAUGACACAGCAGCCUUUCGAUGCAACGCACAUUAUGCCCACAAAGUAUGAA